UAACGGUCGCACGUAACGCACGCACGCUCGUUAAGCGAUCACAUACAUAUUUCUCAUAGUACCUACUUAGUACCUAACUACAAUGCAGUCUAAGUGUGAUGUGUGUAAAAGAACGGUUACAAAAUCACUACCGGGAUUAGAAUGCAGUAAGUGUGACAGAGUUGUGCAUCUUAACACCAGAUGCAGUGGUCUGACUGGUAAGCAAAUCGCCGCCCUCAAAGCGGCCACCAGCUUAGAGUGGACUUGCCUUGAAUGCCAGCGGGAAUCACCAAGACGCAAUUCAUCAAUCAUUAUUCCGGAAGAAGACGACGAAGACGACAACACACCUGUUCAAAUCGACGCAAAGAAGCUGUUGAGCAACAUUUCCAAGGAAAUUGAAAAGGCGAUUAAAAGUGAGAUGCGUGAACUUAAUGAGGCAUUGCAGUUUCAUAGUGGAAAGCUAGACGAAGUCGUGGAGUGUAUGGACGCAUUCAAACAAACUAUUAAAGCACUCGAAAGGAAGAAUGUGGAGCUAACGAAUAAAAAUAAUAACCUAGAAACUCGUAUCGGAGCCCUCGAGCAACGAUUACAAGAAAUCGAGCAAGAAAAGCUUAUAAAUUCAGUGGAAAUUGCAAAUGUACCAUACCAGAGCACAGAAGCGGACAGUAAAAUAUUGGAAAAGGUGGCCCUGAAACUCCAACUACCCAUUGGAGGUAUAAAAAGCUCACGAAGACUCCAAGGGAAGAAAGAACAACCGCCGAACAUUAGAGUGGAAUUACAAGACGAAAGUACUCAAGAACAAUGGAUUACGGCUGCUAAAAGCAUCAAAACUAUGGUAGUGGACCUUUGCCCCUCCGAGAAAAAUAAUAAGGAUAUAGUUUACAUCAGUGAAGCAAUGACGAAAACCAACAAGACCUUACUGUGGAAGGCUAAGCAAGAACUAAAGAUUAACCAGAAAUUCAAGUACGUAUGGUUUAAAAAAGGAUUCGUAAAGGCACGCAAAGACGACGGUUCAAAAACCUAUAUUUUACGAACCAUGGCGGAUGUAAACGCCCUACUAAAGAACAAAACGUAAGGCAUUAUUUGAUACCUGCGUUAUAUACCUGCGUUUUAAUAUGGACAGUUCACUAGACGAAAUUUACGAAUUAUCGGACUGUAUAAAUAUUAAUGACUUUUUAAAUAAUAUCUCUAAUAUUAAUAUAAACUUAUUGUGUGUACAUUUCAACAUUAGAUCUCUUAUAAAAAACUUCGCCACGCUAGAACAGUGUAUACUUACUUCGAAUAAAUGUAUUGACGUAGUUAUCCUCACCGAAGCUAAUAUAUCUGAUAAAAUAAGUUGCCUUUAUCAUAUAAAUGGCUAUCAAAUGUUCACAGCUCUAAGAAAGUCAAGAAGGGGCGGUGGCAUUAUCGUUUAUGUACGUAAUAAAAACAAAUGUAGCAUAAAAAAUAUUAGAACAACCUACUUCGAAAAUAUAUUAUUUACAAUAACCACC